CAUCUGACAGUGUGGUGACACAAAGGGAAACAGAGGAGGGAAGUCCAUUUUUUGUGCAACCUGCAGCCAAGGAUUUUGUGCUAAAGAGGAGGUUGGAUUCCAGAGGAACGUCGUCAGAAACAAAUCAACAUACAAAAGGGAAAUGACAACUUUUUGCUCUUUUUUUUACGCAGAGUGGAAAGAGAAAAGAGAUAUCAAUUGAAUAAUUUAAAUGCAUCAUGAAAAUGAAGAAAGAGCACUGAAGGUGAACAUGUAAAUGUUUUAUGACAACAGUGGACGCAAGCAGAUGAAAGAGUUCAAAUCUGGGUAGAAGAAGAAUUUCACAUAGUCAAGAAAAUGUCUUCGGUCAAGUGUUAUCCUCUUGUAGGAAUUUUAAUGUCUCUUCUUCCCUUUCAAGUGUGUAGCCACCCCAGGGUGCGGGCUCAGGCAGAAGACAGGCUACUGAGGACUCUGUUCAGCCAUUACAACAAACUGGCACGCCCUGUGGCCAAUGUCUCUGAUGUGGUGCAUGUGCACUUUGGGUUGUCCAUUGCCCAGCUCAUUGAUGUGGAUGAGAAAAAUCAAAUGAUGAUCACCAAUGUCUGGGUGAAACAAGAGUGGAAUGACUACAAGCUCUGCUGGAAUCCAAAGGAAUAUGAGAAUGUCACCUCCAUGCACAUCCCAUCCCAGCUAAUCUGGAGACCAGAUAUAGUUCUUUACAACAAUGCAGAUGGUGAUUUCUCUGUGACCCACCUGACCAAGGCCCACCUGUUCCACGACGGACGCAUCAAGUGGGUUCCCCCGGCCAUCUACAAGUCCUCCUGCAGCAUCGACGUCACCUUCUUCCCUUUCGACCAGCAGAACUGCACCAUGAAGUUUGGCUCGUGGACCUAUGACCGCACCAAGAUCGACCUAAUCAGCAUGGCGGGCAAUGUGGAUCAGAUGGACUACUGGGAAAGCGGCGAGUGGGUGCUGGUGGACGCCGUGGGCAACUACAACAUCAAGAAGUACGAGUGCUGCCACGAGGUCUACUCUGACAUCACCUAUUCCUUCAUCAUCCGGAGGCUACCGCUGUUCUACACCAUUAAUCUGAUAGUGCCCUGUCUGCUGAUCUCCUGUUUGACUGUCCUGGUGUUCUAUCUGCCCUCUGACUGUGGAGAGAAGAUCACCCUGUGUAUCUCUGUGUUGCUGUCUCUCACUGUCUUCCUCUUGCUUAUUACCGAGAUCAUCCCAUCCACCUCGCUGGUCAUCUCUCUCAUCGGGGAGUACCUCCUCUUCACCAUGAUCUUCGUCACCCUUUCCAUCAGCAUCACCAUCUUCGUGCUCAACGUGCACCACCGCUCGCCGCGCACGGACACCAUGCCCCGCUGGGUGCGCCGCGUCUUCCUGGACAUCGUCCCCGGCUUCCUGUUCAUCCGGCGGCCUGCCGUGGUCAAGGACAACAGCAAGAGGCUGGCGGAGGCCAUGCAAAAGAGGGCCACGCUAUGGGGUGAGCUGGAGGCUGAGCUGGAGGCCAGCUUCCCACCCACCUCCCCCCUGGAGGUCCAGGAGAUCCUGGCCCGCUCCCCUUCUCUCUCCAUGGGCCGACCUGUGGAGGGUUCCCUGCCCCCCAAGCUUCCCCAGCAACAGCAGCAGCCCCUGGACAGGUCCUCCAGCCAGUACUCCAUCCUCCCGGAGGAGCCGACCACCUCGUCCCAGCCAGGCUGGGAUCCUCUGUUCCUCCACCCUCUCUUUCCGCCCAGGGACAAGCACCACGCGGCCAGGCCCAAGAUGCGCUCCCUCAGCUUACAGUACGGCCUGGGUGAGAGGGAGCAGCCCCAGACCAGCGUCCGCUGUCGCUCGCGCAGCAUCCAGUACUGCUGCCUGCAUGAGGAGGUCUCCUCCAUGGGUAACGGCAGGCAGCGGCCUCUCUCACAGCACCCGUCCCUGAUGGAGGAGAGGAAGCAGAGCUGCUCAGCUGCCUGCAAGUAUCACUCAGGCCUGGCCAAGGAAGCCAAAGCAAUGACCAAGGACCAGCGGCUCCUCGUCUUAUCCCCGUCCAUGAAGAUGGCCAUGGAAGGUGUGCAGUACAUCGCAGACCACCUCCGUUCGGAGGAUAUCGACUUCUCUGUAAAGCAGGAGUGGAAGUACGUGGCUAUGGUCCUAGACCGGAUCUUUCUGUGGUUGUUCAUCUUGGUGUGUCUCCUGGGGACCCUCGGACUCUUCGUCCCRCCCUGGCUGGCUGGAAUGAUAGACCUAUCUGUCUGACAACAAACACUUCUGAAGCCAUUGACCCUAUGCACACUCAAGUUGUACAACUGAUGAACAACUCACUUGCCACAAUUUCUUUCUGCACAACAUUAAUUACACAAGCAUUGUGGAGACACUGCACAAUGAUUGUGUAAACAUUUGUGUGCAGAAAAUAUCAGUUGUAUGACAACCAUUGUGUMAAAUGCAUUGUAUAUCAGUUGUGCAGACCUGAGUGUGAACAGGGCCAUGGAGGAUGUGACCAAUAGACAGGAAACCUUCUCAUUAAUUAAUUAAUUAAUUGUGAAAAGCCAUUUGUAGAUAAAAAGUGACACAAUUGUUUUGGCAAUGCUUUAUUUUCCAGAAGCCAGCAGAWGGAGCCAAAGGUCUAUAAUGUGAARGACUGAGAAGUUAUAUUGGGAUUGUGGAAACAUAGCUGUAACUGCCAAAAUAAUGAAAACAAUUAAGAAAAUGUGGUAUACAAAGUAUAUUGAAAGCAGGUGCUUCCAUACAG